AGGUAAAAUCAGUUAUAACCUGAGAUUUCAGUCGAUCAAAAGUUUUUGGAUGAUACACUCAAAAAUUACGUUUGCUUGGAAACUUCGCGAUCGUGCAAAUGAUGCAUGCGUAGGUACUUUACUACGUACGGAGCAUCAUCAUUCAACUGUGGUCUACCCGCGAUUUUUAUCAAUUUCUAAAAAGUGUCUUAUGUCUUAUUAACACUGGCUAGCCAAUAGCCUAGCCAGCAAGCGGAAUAUAGCUGGCGAUCAAAUAUCGUGCGGUUUUGAUAGAAAGUAAAAAAUAUUGAGUAGAGGAAAAAAGAAAACAGUAAAAGAAAUACACGAAGAAAAGCCAGCGCGACGGUGAUAGACGAGAAACAGGAAAAAUAAGAAGCUGUAGAAUAACUUUACCCACAAGAAAAUUUUCCUUAGUUGAUUUUCAUCAUAUUCGCGGAUUUUUCCGCUACUACCGCUCUUUUGAAGAAAAGAAAGUUGAUCUUGUGUGCCAGUUUUCCGAUUUGUUACGGCGCGACUAAAUCUUAAACUUCGAUUUAUCUACUACUCGGAAAAGCAUUUUGAGUAUAUUUGAUCUGAUUAACGGAAGAGGUGCGAGUUCUACUAAGAUCUAUUGUACUAUGUUCGAAAGUGUAGUGAUGAAGGGUAGAAUUCAAUAAUUCGACUAAAAGUCCCAAGAAGCAGAAAGUGAACGAAAUAAAUGAAGUGAAGAUAGUUUUUGGAACAGUCUUUGGAUACAUUAUCGUUUAAAAUUGGAUUUUGGCAGCAGGUGUUCCAGCAGCAGAUUAUACUCUUCACAUAAACCAUAACAGCGUAAUCCAACUGUCAUUGGCUAUGCCGUCUGCUAAAUCGCUUUCUACACCAAUCCAGCUAUCACGAUGACAUCAAAAUACGAACGUAUCAAAUCGGAAUGUAAAAAGAAAGCCAUUCUAUGGGAGGAUCCUGAUUUUCCCGCAGUCCAGUCAUCGGUAUUCUACUAUCAAACACCCCCGUUCACGUUCCAAUGGAAGCGUUUGCCCGAGAUCAUACCAAACGCCACGUUUAUGAACGAUGGCGAAAACUUCGAUGUUAUUCCCGGGAAAAUGGGUGAUCGAUGGCUUGUAUCGUGCCUGGGAGUACUGUACUCGUUGAAGAAUCUUUUUUAUCGCGUUGUGCCAGCAGAUCAGAGUGUCGAAAACUCAUACGGGAUAUUCCGAUUCCGGCUGUGGUGGUGUGGAGAAUGGGUAGAAGUUCUAGUCGAUGAUCGUUUGCCAACGAUCAAUGGAAAAUUAGCUUUCCUGCAACCACAGAAAUCCAAUUGUUUCUGGGCCUCACUGUUGGAGAAGGCCGUGGCGAAAUUACAUGGAUCGUACGAGGCCCUGAAGUAUGGAACGCGAUCAGAUGGCCUGAGCGACUUGUUGGGUGGCAUAGUGGAAUGUGUACCAAUUAAAAACGGGAACGACCCCAUUAGGCCUGCUCAAUUAAAGUCACUCUUAGACACAACCUGUAUUGUUACCUGCAUAUCAACAAAAGGCAACAAUGGACAAUAUAAAACGACGCCAGAGCGAUUAACCAAUGGCAUCUUCGUGAACGUAAACUAUAGACUAUGCUCUCUUGAUAAGGUAGAAACAUUAUUAGGUGAUGCAGUUCAGCUGGUGAGACUCAAAGAUCCGCUGGCUUCGGAAACGUUUGGCACCAAGUCCGGCUAUAAUGGCGAGUGGUCGGCCAUGUCUCAGUCGUGGGAUCGAGUGUCGAUACCAGAACGUGACCGUUUACUGGGCCAAUUGGAUGUGGGGGAAUUUUGGAUAUCCUUCCUAGCUUUAACACAAUCCUUCACUUUCCUCGAAUGCGUUCAUCUCGACACUGAUACCGCCAAGGACGAAUCGUCGCUAGCAGAUCGGCCGAAGCGUUGGCAAAUGAAAAUGUAUCAGGGACAAUGGCGACGAGGAGUUACAGCCGGAGGAUGCAGAAAUCAUGAUUCUUUUCACAUAAACCCUCAGUUGCAACUUACUAUUCAGGAAAAGGAAGAUGUGAUCAUUGCUCUCAACCAGCACACUGCAAUUGAACCUAAAGUCAUUGGAUUCACUAUGUACAAAUUAAGCACAGUCAAAAAUAAAGUAAGCGAAUGUCUACCAAAGGAGUUUUUCAAGAGUCAAGUUAGCUAUAUAAACUCCGACUAUGGAAAUACUAGACACGUGAGUCAUCGAUGCGUGCUGGACGUAGGACGGUACUUGCUGAUGGCCACAACAUAUGAACCGGGUGAGGAGUCCUCCUUCACUGUUCGUAUCCUCGGCAACAAUAUUAGACUGUCGCAACUCGAGACGCAGACGAUGAUGCUUCUGGAUCCCUUCCCGCCGCUAAGCAUGAAUAACGAAUCCGACAGUUCGAAAGCGAAAAAGUGUCAGUACGAGCCCGUCUUUAUGCAGUUAGCCGAUGAGAAUAAGACAAUUAACUGUUUCGAACUGCAAGAAAUGUUAGAAGCCUGCCUGCCAAAUGACUACAUCAAAGGUUGUGCGAAUUUAGAUGUCUGCCGGCAAGUAAUUGCUUUACAAGAUAAAACAGGAACCGGACGAAUCAACUUCACACAAUUCAAAACAUUCAUGGUCAACUUGAAAGCUUGGCAAGGUGUCUUCAAGAUCUACUCUAAGGAGAAGGCUGGGGUUCUACGAGCCGAACGAUUGAGGGAUGCUUUGUGCGAUGUAGGAUUCCAACUGAGUACAGAUAUUAUGAAUGUACUCAUGCAUAGAUACAUCCGAAAGGAUGGUACUCUUCGUCUAAGUGAUUUUGCUUCAGCCAUUUUACAUUUAACGACAGCAUUCGAACUCUUUCAGAAGAAAGAUCACGAUCAGGAUAACGUAAUUAAAAUCGAAAUGUCCGAUUGGAUAAAAUCAGUAAUGCGGUGCUAACUAGAAUUUUUUGUCGGAACAGACGCUAAGCUAGCUGGACUAGCUUUACUUGAUUAGCUGGCUAGCUUGCUCUGUACUGUCAUUUUAUUAAUCUCCGUCCCUCACAAUUGCGUUGAGUAACUUUGCUAUGUAUAAUUUGUUAAGAUUAUUGUUUUGUUAAUUUUGUUAAUUAAUGACAACUUUUAUAUAUGUAUGUAUUUUGUAAAUUUUGCUGAAAUGCAAGUAAAAUAAAAAAAUGUUUAAU